UCUAACUAUGUAAAAAUUGGUGCCUGAGGCAACAUCCUCCGCACCGCCAUCGUCACCCGCCGUCAAGCUGUCCACGACGACGAACUUCCCUGAGCUCUCCAUCUAUUGGUGAUAUACAAGUUGAAUUGAGCAUUCAAAUCCACCAGCUUACUCUUUCUCUUCUCUAGAUAAGAGAUACUACCCUCCAGUCUUCUAUCCCUGGAAAUUCCUCUUGUCACGUCACCUACAUCCAUCCCCCGCCUACGUCGGACUGGCUUUCGACUCUCGAUACAUCGAAUUACUCCCUUCCCACUUCAAUACCAACGAAACCGAUAAAAAACCGCCAAAAUGGACAACUACCGCACCAUCAACAUCGACAUCCUCGACCCGGAGUCCUCCUCCAACUUCCCCAUGGAAACCCUCCUCCCCGGCACCCUCCCGCCACCCCUCUCCUCCUCCGAUGCCGCCGGUGUCGCCGGCCAAGUGCGCCAGCUGCUGCGCGGCGGGGACCCCGAGGGCGCGAUGCGGUACGUUCUGGACACGGCGCCGUUGGGCGGAGACGAUCGCGCGAAGGAGGUGCAUAUGGCGAGUGUGGUGGAGGUGUUGCAGGGGAUUCGGCAGGCGGAGAUGACGAGGGUUCUUGAGGGGGCUAUUGGGGGUGAGGGGGGGUCGGAGAGGGCGGAUUGUUUGAUGAAGUAUUUGUACAAGGGAUUCGCGUCGGCUGGAUCGAGCGGUGGUUCUCAGUCGCCGCGGAAGCUCUCUCCGCAGAGUACCGGGGGAGGAUUCUCGCAGAUUCAGACCCGGAAUUUCGGCGAGGGUGGUGGUGGCCAGCAGAUGAGCGUGCUGUUGAACUGGCAUGAGAAGCUUGUUGAACUUACCGGGCCUGGUGCGAUUGUUCGUGUCAUGACGGACCGGAGGACUGUCUAAGUCUGCGAAGACGAUUAUUAGGAGCAGGCUUCUUUUUCUUGUUACUGUUACUUCAUAGUACUGGCUGUGGAUUCGCAACACUUGUGGAUGAUAUCCCGUUUUGUAUGUUUUAGCCUUUAUAUUAUACAUAUUGCUUGACACUACCGGCCUUCGAAAUCUCCUCCUCCCAAGAUAUCCUUCAGAUUAACAUCUCCGCUACCUCUCUGUAACGGCUGGGACUGACCCUUCCCUUCCUUCCACCCAAUCAUAUAAAUCAACCGAAACGUCGCCGGAAUCCCCCUCAUCCCCUCCUCCAUAUGCAACUGCCGAUAAAUCCCCUCCGUCGCAAGCAACACAUCCCG